CACCCGGGACACAAACCCCUCAAGGCGACUCUCGCCGCCGCCGCCUGCCCGGGCCCGGGGCGGGGAGCGGAGGGACCCCGGGGGCGCGCCCCGCCCCGCCCCGCCACCGCCCCCGCGCUGCCGCCUGGCAGGGCGGCGGGUGCGGCGGGAGCUGCUCGGUGCCGCCGCCGCCCGGGAGGGAGGUUAUGUAAGGGGGGAGGGAGGCGGCGGGAGGAGGAGCAGGACGCCUCGUCGUCGCCGCCGUGCAGCCGCAGCCAGCCGGGGCCGGUGCCGGUAACCGGGGCGGCCGCAUGUGCGAAGUGGGGACGCGGCCGCCGCUGGCCGCCGAGCGCGGGGAGCCGCCGGGGGGUACCGCCGCCGCCGAAAGGUGCCGAGACAUGGGAGAACAGCCCAUCUUCACCACCAGAGCCCAUGUCUUCCAAAUUGACCCCAGCACGAAGAAGAACUGGGUUCCCGCAAGCAAGCAGGCUGUAACUGUUUCCUACUUCUAUGACAGCACGAGAAACAGCUAUCGGAUUAUCAGUGUGGAUGGAGCCAAGGUGAUCAUAAACAGCACAAUCACACCCAACAUGACCUUCACUAAAACAUCGCAGAAGUUCGGCCAGUGGGCGGACAGCAGAGCAAAUACUGUGUUUGGUUUGGGCUUUCCCUCCGAGCAGCAGCUGACGAAGUUUGCAGAGAAAUUCCAAGAAGUAAAAGAAGCUGCCAAACUAGCAAGAGACAGAUCUCAAGAGAAAAUUGAGACCUCAAGCAAUCAUUCCCAGGAAUCUGGACGUGAAACGCCAUCUUCCACUCGAGCAUCUAGUGUGAAUGGGACAGACGACGAGAAGGCAUCGCAUGGUGGUCCUGCUGAGGCACACCUCAAGUCUGAGAAUGAUAAAUUAAAAAUUGCUCUAGCCCAAAGCUCAUCCAAUGUGAAGAAGUGGGAGACGGAGCUGCAGACGCUGCGGGAGAGCAACGCCAGGCUGACCACGGCGCUGCAGGAGUCCGCCGCCAGCAUCGAGCACUGGAAGAAGCAGUUCUCAGCCUGCAAGGAGGAGAACGACCAGCUCAGGACCAAGAUUGAAGAACUGGAGGAACAGUGCAAUGAAAUAAAUAAAGAGAAAGAAAGAAACGCACAGCUGAGUAGACGUCUGCAGGAACUGGAAACAGAACUUCAGGACAAAGAGCUGGAACUGGAAGAGCUCCGAAAGCAGGGUGAAAUUAUACCACAGCUAAUGUCAGAAUGUGAAUCUGUAUCUCAACAAUUACAGGCUGCUGAGGAAAAGAACAAAGAUCUUGAAGAGAAAGUCAGAACGCUAAGGACGGAAGUCGAAGAGAGCAAACAUAGGCAGACCAACCUUAAAACUGAAUUAAAGAAUUUUUUAGAUGUACUAGACGGGAAGAUAGAUGAAUUACAUGAUUUCCGACAAGGACUGUCUAAACUUGGGGUUGACAACUAGAUGGCAAUAGAUUUUUUUUUUGUAAUCUAGGGUCUGGAUGUUUGAUGUUUUGUUGAUCCCAAACGUGUGUUUUACAAAAUAUAACUAGAAUGUUCCACUUGUUUGCAUUGUUUUUGUACAUAGAGGCUGAAAAUUUGCUGUGGGGGUUUUUUGGUUUGUUUUUUGGUUUGUUUUGUUUAUUUUCCAAACCAAUCGUGCUGCUCACUGAAUUCUGUUGAGAUUAGAAACUUUCUGUAUUGCUGCUCUGGCUUUGUGGGGUUGGGAACAGGUAGAGGGUUCUGUCUCAGGAAUCUGGAACUAGAUCUACCUUAAAAUGAAUAUGCAGUUAGUCGUUGCAGGGAAAAUUAUAUCUUUCUUAAGGGCUGUUGCAACCAUAGAAACAGAAAACAAGUCUUUUUCUUGUCCGGAUUAUCAGCACUCCUAGCAACAUCCACUUUUAUUCCUUGGUGGAGCAGAGAGAAGAUUAGUUGGAGCUCCUGCAGUUUGUAAAAUGUGCCUGUGAUGAGCUGCAGCCAAGUGAAUCGCUUCACGCGGAUACCAGUAUCUUUAGGGACCAUGCCAAUCAUGCCUGAUUCACCGAAAAAAAUCCAAUGGAUUUCAGAUAACCUCCGAUAUAGGUUGCGUGUGCUUGCCUGGACCAACCGGCUCAAAGUCAACGAUGUGGGAAUGAGUUUCAGCUCUUCAAGUCAUGCAUCUUACCCGGUAGGUGAGGACAGCUUCUCUUGCUUAGCAAGAUCACCUCUCUUUGGCCUUCGAUUUUGAACCCAUAUAGUUCUGUCGUUCAUGUGCAUCUCUGAGAUAAUGCCCACCCGAGUCUCGGGACCAGGUAUUUAUUUUAAAAAGCGGUAUGUUGCUGGUUUGUACACAGGGCGCCGUUGGUUAACUUCUGCAGCAGUGGAGAAGGAGACAUUGACGUGAAGAGCAGUAUAAGGUUAUUAGAAAGGGGGUUGCUCAGAAGCAAGGUUCUGCCCAGGAGACUGGCAGGGUCAUGACCGCAUGAAAUUAAACCCCUUUCCUAUGAUUUCUGCAUUCUCGCCUCUGUCUUUGGCAGCAGGGUGGGAAUUAGUCACCAGGUUAGACUGUCCAAAAAAACCCCCAACCUGAGAGGCAGAAAUGCUGUUGUAUUCUCGAACUGAUUAUUCAGCAGCUCUAAAUACGUUUUGAGAAAUUCAAGUUCAUACGUUGGGCUCCAACGAGAAGGAAAUUCCCUUAAUCACAGGGAGGGAUGUAGAAAGGGCCAGAGAGGAGAAUUCAGCCCAAGUUUUGCUGUUGCCCCCAGGACUGCCUUCAGCUCCUUUCCCUUCUUUCCCCAUAACCUGGUUUGAGGUUCUGUUUACACAGGAUCUGAAUUAAUUCAGGAAAAAACUUUUGUUUAUGUGACGUUAUUAUUUGCUUAAUUCAGGCGAAAGCUUAGUUAAGCACCAUGUUAGUGCAUUCCAGCAGGGACUGAUAUAAAAUGGCCAUGCUUUUUUUUUUUUAUUUAGGGGCUUUUUUAUUUUCUCAGCACAUCUCAAUUAUAAAAGUGACCUUUAAAAGAAAGGUGGGUUAUAGAUGAAACAUGCAUUUAAUACUUUUUGCACAUGGAUAUAUAACCCCCAUGCUGGAGACAGGUUCUGUCUGCGAUUGUCCCUUGAAUUUUCAUUUCAUCUGUUGCCGUUGCGUUACCUUCAUUGCCUGGGUUUUAGACAGGACUUUGUGCAUUUUUGCUUUUACUCCUUUUAAACAGCGGAUGUGAAACCGGGACCUUUCAUAACCAUUAUGACCAUUUAAGUCUCUUUAAAAAAACAUUGCUGUAGGCUGUUGAUAUUCAAAAAUAAAAAUCAGGUACGUAGCAUGCAGGCGUGUGAAAAUUAGACUUUGCCAGCGUGGAAGAUUCAACGGUUGCAUAAUGUGGGCUUAGAUCAGACUUCUCAAAAUUGAAAAUGACGUCAGAAACUGUGUGUGGUUGUGCACAAGUAGUCUCCAUUUUUAGUCUUUUUAUUUGAUAGCAAGUCAGAUAGACACUGUCAUUUAAUAGGCAGCUCUUCCUGCUUCUCCUCUCCUCCCAUGCUGCUUUAGUGUUCCCAAACUGCAGCCGGUCCCUCCAUCAGCUGGGGGCCAGGGAAUGACGCAGCUCAGAGCUGCAAGCAAUACCGGUAGUCAGGGUCCUCCUCAUCACGGUGUUUUGCUGCUUUCACACUGCGGGCCCUGCUCCAUCUCCUUUUUCCUUUUUGCUUUUGAGCAGUCUUAGGGCUUCCUUCUUGGUUUUAAUAUAAAAUAUGAUUUUUAACAUGAUUCUGGGUAGAGGGUGCAAAAGACUGUGAACAAAUUAUUUUGUUGGGGUUAAUGCAGAUCUUUUUUCCCAUUUAGCCAGGUCUAUCUCAGAUCCAGUUCAUUAGGAAUGUAUUAACCCACUCUUGAAUUGCAGGAAAAGUGUUUCUAUGGAAUUGCAUCGAUUUAACAGAUGGAGUUUAAUACUGUUGCAUUAAACCAGUGCACAGCUCUGACAAGGGCAGCUAUUUCUGGGUGCUUUGUGCCCACCAGAAGAACAAUAGGGGUGUCCUCAGAGGAGUCGCUGCUCUGGCUCCUCUAGUCGUGCCCCAAAUGUAUGUCUUCCUUAUCUGCUACAGCUCUGGUGUUGAGUUGUUAGGGAUGCCCCUGCAUGGCUGUACACUAUGGGAAACUCCAUCCUUCAAACAUCCAAGGUCUUGCUAUAAUUACCCCCUUUCUCUCUUUUUUCCUUCCCAGCAGCAGUGAGUUGAGAGCUUCUAUGUACGAUCACUUAAAAACCUCCCCCACACUCCAUCUCUUUUAACCUUUCCCUCUCUGACGUUGUAUUUUUCUUCUUCAAAAGAUAAAAGUGCACAAGGAAGAGGCGGCGCAUGCUCUCAGGAGCGUUUGGACGCCAGUGCAGCUCCCGUCCCUGCCCCAGGGCUGGAGCCCCGUGCGCCUGCUGAGCGGGGACCGUGGCUGUCACACACUGAUCAUUCCUUGAUGCUCUGUGGUGGCCCAGCAAUAACCCCUGUGUGCCAAACUGUGAGCCCCACGCUGCUCUUCAGGGACUCGUCCUGGCAUUGAAACGCCUCCUCCCUCCUGGCAGGAGCAGUGGGGCCCCCAGCCUUCCCCCACCAAAAUGCUCUCACCCUCCUGCGGAUGCAUUUGUUCCUCCUGUCGGGCACGUUGGGGAUUCAGCCCCUUCCAGGAAUCGCGGGUGGCUGGUGGCCAGCUGCUUAGGGAUGGCCCCAAAUGCUGCUGGGGCCAAGAAAUGCUCAUCCCUGUCCAAGAGAGCGUCUGCAGAGCUUGAUUUUAUUAGUCAUUAAAAUGCAGUGCUGUGCAAAGCCUGAUUUCCCCACGCCAUCGGCAAUGAAGUAGGUCAUCGCUCCGUCUCCAUCGAGCCUGAGCGGACGUGUCUUUAUAUGGGGUUAUAUCUCACCUCGGGCAAUCCUGGGUCCCCUCCCUGGGCACAGGUUUCUCCCUCUAAGUGGCUGAUGGCAGGAUCUAGCCUACCUCAUUUAAAUGGUCUUUUGUUAAUAGAGGUCUUGUGCUUGGCGCUUCCCGUGCCGAUGGCUGCCGGCUGCACUGCCGUGGGUCCCACCACGCUGCCCAUCCUGCCUGUCUGGCCCCGGUGGCAUCGGCAAGCUGGUGGCUCUGGGAGCAGAAAAUCUGUGCUGGCCUCUUGUGACACCAUGGGUCAGAGGGAGAAAGUGUCUUACUGCCUUUCCUACUGGCCUUUCCAGUGAGACGCUCCUUUGAGCUGGUGUUAGAGCUGCUGAAUAAUGGGAGGAGGCAGUUGGUGGCCAAAAUGACAAAUAAAUAGGUCCAUGUUGUACUGGCACAAAACCUAAAAAUAUUCAGUGACAUAAAAAUAUUGUUUUCCAGGGGAAAGAGUGUUUCAUUAGAUACAUUAUUUCAUGUUCUGGAAAAUGACCUCAGCACCAUCUUGGCAUAAAUUAUUUCAAAAUGAAAAACCGAAACAUUGUUUCCCACCCCAAAAUAAAACAGGUUCACCUUUUGCUCUUUUCCUCUUUGGCUGAACCUUUAUUUGCUGAUUUUGACUCAAAUUCACUGGUCGUUUCGUUUGGCUUAGAAGUGCAUUUUCAGCAAAAGUAGUACUUUCCAGUGUUCUUCUGUCUGCGUCUGUCUGGUGUCUCCUUUACUAAGUGAGCUCACGGAAGAAAACUGUAUUUUCUGUAAGAAAUUCAGUCCCACCAUUCACUUUCUAUAUCCUAGUGUUUAAAAGAGGUACUUUUUAAAAGCAGUUUUACCCUGGGUGCAUCUGUGCCCAGAAAACAAAUGUUAUUUAGACAAUGCCUUUUUUUUUCCAGGCGAACACCUGAUUUUAUUUUUUUGUGAGCGAUUUAGGGUGGACGUUUUUUAAAGCUGCUCAAUGAAUUAAGGCAAGCGGGAAGGGUUCCUGCUGGUCCUCCUGCCGUCCCUGCCGCUGCCGUCGCUUUCAAAGCAUAUGAACGGAAGCAUCAGUGGUGUUACGGCGGGUACUCGCCGGGUGCUCGUCCCACCUUUGCUCGGUGGCCCCUGUCCCCCCGUCAGCAGGGCACAAAUUAUCCACAGGCUUCUGCACUCUUCUGUCGCGCUGUUGUUUUUUUUUCCCCCAAGUGUUCAUUUUCUCCCUUAUUCAUUUCUUGCCACCUUUGGCUGCUUCAUAAAUGACCGAAGGAAAAUUCCCUGUGGUUGCCGCCGCCUCAUAGUGCUGGGAGCAUCUCGGCUCCGAGACUGUGCUCUUCGUCAGGCUGUUCCAAAUAGUUAUCUCUGCAAAACCCUUCAGGGCAUCCAUGGCUUGUAAGGAAUAUAGCGCUGUCUUCCAGAGCCUGUGGAUUAGUGAAGAUAAAACUGCCCUCAGGGGGAGAUGCCUCACUCAGUGCGUGGCUGAUGCUGAAUCCGAAGGGAAGGGGUGGAAGGCGGAACCGGCAGCAGGUCAUUUUGAUGAUCAUUUCAGCAGAAGCUUCGGUGAAGGAUGUGCCCUGCCCGCAAGCUGUGGCUCUGCCAAAGGUCUAGGAUGGCUGUGCUGAUCCGUCAGCUCAUCCACCUUUGUCCGGGCAGUUCUGGGCUUGUCAAGCCUGUAAAUAUCCAAAAGUCCUCAGCAUAUCACUAACGUGGCAAUGUGAGGGAUGGCGGGCAAAUGGCCACACGCACAGCUGAGCAGUGCUGGUUUAUGGUCAGAUGCUUUCAGUCAAAAAUAGGAAGACCUGUUGCCAUCCUUCGCAGGCUCAGCGGCACCAGAGACCCCUCGCAGAAGGGCAGGUUCAUCUUUCGGGGGGCUGCGAGGCAGCGAGGACCCCCGGCCGGGCUCUCGUUGUGGGCACUGGUUAGCAAUGGUAAAGCACAGAGCUACCCUAAGGUAUUUUUUCUUUCCAUGGAUUUUGUUCACCAAGCACCUGUGUGUCGAGCAAAGCAAUACAUAGCCACGAGCCGUUUAAUGCAGACGGACCCCCAAGGGCAGAGCCCCGUCUGGCCGAUGCAGCCCAGCCGGGGACACUGCGCCUGGAGCCCUGCGCCCCUGGGAGCUGGGCAGGGCUUUGGGCUCCUUAUUAGAGCAUGAACGUGGCAGUUGUAUGAAAUUCCCAUGUCUUAAAUACCGUUCUCUGCGAUAAGCACUAAGGUACCUGCAGCGGAAUGCAGAGUCAGGAGGAGAACGAUAGAUGUGGGGAAGGUGCUUCCCAAAGGAGGGCUCUCCUGCAGGCUGCGGGCAGGGCUGCUCCUGCCGGGAGGGCUUUGCUUGCGUCCCUGGGGAUGUCGGGUGUCAAACCAGUUUGACUUUCUGCUGUGUUUUGUCUUACCUCUCCUGCUUUUUAUUUUGCUUUUUUUUUUUUUUUUUUUUUUUU